ACUGACGAAAACGGUCGCGACGGUGACGCAGGGCUCCUCAAGACCCGAGCUUCGAGUCCCCCUGCAAACUGCCGGGACGCAAACGGUGACGACUCGCGACCGAGCCGAAACCGAAGCUUCCACAGAAGAGAGAAACACAGGAGCGACCGACCGCAAAACCAUUGACAUUUCGACACCGUCUUUUCCCAGGAAUAACUCCGGCGAAACCCCAAGAGGAAUCCUGUGGGCGCCCAUCAGACUUCAUCUUUUGUGGUAAAGAAAAAGGGAAAAGAAGGGACGCAAGUACAAACCCAUUGCCCGAAACUCCUCGCUGACCGCUCUCCUCCGAAUUCGCGUUUGAAUUGAUUCUUUGGACACCGAGAGGCCCACUGUUUCUUCCCAUUUUUCUUUUCCCUUUGAAGAGGUCGUAUCUUUUGAGUUUUUGGCUCGGCAAUAAGAAUCCCAGAACGAGUUUCUCCCGGCGAAAGCAGGCUUUUCGUUGUAAUGGGUGUCCAGGAUUUUCUCCUUCUUUCGCUCUGUUUUCUGCUCUUCUUGCCUUUGCGCGGUUCUGCUGUUCCGGUCCCAAGAUGGCUGCUUGGGGAGAAAACGCAUGAAUCGGGUCUUGGAGCUAAGGCUGUUGGAUCUUCUGUUGCUUUUGAUCCGACCCGAGUCACUCAACUGUCUUGGAACCCCAGGGCUUUUAUCUAUAAGGGGUUCUUAUCUGAUGAUGAGUGUGAUCAUCUCAUCAAACUGGCGAGGGACAAGUUGGAGAAGUCCAUGGUGGCGGAUAACGAAUCGGGAAAGAGUAUACUGAGUGAAGUGCGGACGAGCUCCGGAAUGUUUCUGCUGAAAGCUCAGGAUGAAGUUGUUGCUAAUAUCGAGGCUCGGAUUGCCGCGUGGACCUUUCUUCCUGAAGAAAAUGGAGAGUCAAUUCAAGUACUCAGAUAUGAGCAUGGAGAGAAGUAUGAGCCUCAUUAUGAUUAUUUUAUUGACAAGGCUAAUCAAGAGCUUGGUGGCCACCGAGUGGCUACUGUCUUGAUGUACUUGUCUAAUGUUGAGAGAGGCGGGGAAACAGUGUUCCCGAAUUUAGAGGGCAAAAUGUCUCAAUCGAACGAAGAUGGCUGGUCUGAUUGUGCAAAAAAAGGUUAUGCUGUGAAGCCGAGGAAGGGCGACGCUCUGCUGUUCUUCAGUCUUCAUCCCGACGCAACCCCAGAUGAUACUAGCUUGCACGGGAGCUGCCCUGUCAUCGAGGGGGAGAAAUGGUCUGCGACCAAGUGGAUCCACGUCAGGUCCUUUGACAAUCCGUUGAGGUCCGUCACCAUCGGGGAAUGCAGGGACGAAAAUGAGAACUGCCCAUCGUGGGCGAAGGCCGGCGAGUGCGGGAAGAACCCUCUCUAUAUGGUGGGCUCCAAGGACGCGCACGGAUUCUGUAGGAAGAGCUGCGGGGCCUGCUCAUCCUAGAGUUUCUUUCUCGUCGGGGCUUUGGCGGACAGGAGUGUAGAAGUUUCAGAGAGAUGUAUAUACACAGAGCCAUUGAAGUUAAGAGUAAUUUAUACAGCAUAUGCAUAAGAGUGAGUGAGUACCAUAUCUUGUGUAUUCA